AUGGGAUUGGGCACUGGGAGAUCCCAAAAUCGCAAAAUACUACCAGUCUUCCUCAGACACCAAGUCGAGCAUACCCAUAGUUCUCUCAUUCUGGCUGACGGCUGCGGCUCUGCUGGGUCUGCUACCUUGUUGGCUUUUACUUGCUUGAAUAAACAUACCCAUCUCUUCGAUCAAGUUGCCGGAAAGAGUGACAGGUGCAGCAACGUUGCCUCAGCGGACCGCCCUCAAACUGACGGCCGAUAUCUUUGAGUGUGCACAAUCUUGCAAAGAAGGCAGCUCGUAAAAGAAGAUGUAACCCAAACUAGCUUUCUGUCCGGCCGCAAACGCCCAGUGUCCGUCCGCCAUAUCUCGGUGCGGGAGGCCGGAGGGGUGGGGACUGGGGUCAGCCCCUUACCUCCGACGCCGAGACGGAGCGGUCUCUCUUCGGCAUGGCAGUGUCCGUAAAGGGCCGGAGGCGAGUAGUCACACGCAACUGACAACUUCUUGUCCGGGCAUCUGGAAACGUUCCAUCAAACCCGUGCGUUGUAAUGAUUUGCCGAAGUAUGACGAGGUCGUUACACGAACUGGUCGCACAAAAGCCCUAGCACAAUCUGAAGAGCAUGGCAUGCUCUGCCACCCCGAUCAUUGAGUGACAUGAAUACGCAUGGUCGAAUAGCUCGUCAACUGAUGCUUGUGAGUUUUGAAACAAAGCGAGACAGGGCAAAAGAGUUCAACCAGUCUCUAAGCGAACAGCCAGCGGACCAAUGAGUGAGGCGAAAGCCUGAAUCAACAAUGAUACUAUCCUGUAUGCUCGGACAGCUCGCAAAGCACCUCAAAAGCUCCGGGUACGUUCCCCGAUGGGACCGUGUCGGCCGGGCGGGCGGGAUGUCGGAUCCGUUGACCAUGGGGGGUGUGUCAUGCCUCGUGAUAGUUGUUAAGGUUGUCGGCAUGACUCAAGAUAGUUCCGUAGAAACGAGCAAUGAUUGAAUACCAAAG